AUGGAUGCAGCCAACUCGGGUUCACUCACGAACCUGAUGGAAGGCGAAGCGCCCGCACCAAGUCAGCAAGUCACAUAUGAGACACCAGAGGCUCAAGAAUAUCGUGCGAAAAUGAGCAAGAAAAUGGGCACGAGACUCAUGGACGAUAGUAUCGGUACACGAGUAGAGAGCCCAGGACUUGUCCGCGACGUCGAUGCAGGUGGUAGUACUGGCGUUGGAGGUCGAGUACGUGGACGCCAGCGAACAGCCAAGAAUGCGGUAUGA